AUGGAUCACUUCCCGGCAUAUGAAGAUCUUCCCACGGUCACGUUCAACGGCCAACCCAAGCGCUGCGCCUGGGGUAUCUUCGACAAGAAUGGAACACGCGAUGUAUACGGUUGUCUGAAUAAGGUCACAACAGAUGUCGUGGUAAAAGCCGCUGCGGAGGUGAAAGAUGGCGUUACCAUAUCCCUCAACUGUCCGCUUAGAUUGCUCCGUACUCCUGCCUUUGGAAGAAGGCAGCUCACUCACAAGGUUAUAUCUUUUGUUGAUUCCCCUCUACAGAUACAUGGGUUUGAUGACGAGCUCGAAUUUAACACCCAAUGUAGCUCUCAGUGGGAUGCGCUAUGUCAUUUCUACGAUCAAGAUAUUAAGCGGGGCUACAAUAAUGCGAAUCCAACAAUUGAAGAUCUCAGCGCUGAUCAUAUCGAUGCAACGCGCACAUCCAUUCCCACCUUAGAACACUGGCAUACCUUUGGGGGUCUUGCCACCCGAGGCGUGCUCAUCGAUUAUAAGGCCUACGCGGACAGAAACGGUAUUAAGUACUCCCCCGUGUCGCCUCACAAGAUCACAAUAUCAGAAAUAGAGAAGAUUGCCACAGAACAAGGCGUCAUCUUUCAGCCAGGCGACGUGUUCCUGCUACGGACUGGCUACACGGAAGCCAUUCAAGCAGCAACCGAGGACGAACAGGCUCAGAUGAUUGAUUCCCCCGACAAUGCUGGAGUGGAAGGGACUCUGGAUGCUGUUCGGUGGUUCUGGAAUCAUCAUUUCAGCGCGGUUGCUGGCGAUAACCUUGGCUUUGAAGUUAUGAGGCCUUCUAAGAACGGUAUAGAUGCCACUGGCUCAACUGCGGAUUACGUCUUGCAUCCCCACUUUUUAUCAUUGUUAGGUCUUCACAUUGGCGAGCUUUGGGACUUAAAGUCCUUAUCUGAGUAUUGUCACCGGAAGGGCCGCUUUACCUUCAUGCUAACCUCCAUGCCGCUGAACUUUGCUGGAGCUUGUGGCUCUCCUCCCAAUGCAAUGGCCUUGUUCUAA